GCAUAUCUUCAUUCCCAAUAUAUCUGAUCUCACUCGUUUAUAUAUAUCUAUUCACUCUUUUGGAUAAUUCAUACAUCUCUCUCAAACUUAUCUCGAGACUCAAGGGAUAAAAGUUCAACAAAUCCAAUUUGUCUGCUGAUGUGUGUCACAUUCUGCAGUCGCCAUAGAUCUUAUCAACAAAUUAACCGUGAUGUAAAUGUCUUUUGUCGUAUAAUCAAUAAAAGAAAGAUGAUUUAAUAAUGAAACUCCUCAAUUUUGACAUAUACAAGUUUUCUGCAAUGGGUAGGAGCCAGCCAACUAAACACUUGUACCAUCAUCACAAGAAGAGAUCCACGGCUCCAGAAAGGAGAGCAAAAAUUACCCCUCAAGAAAGAUGGUUCCUAACAAUGAAAUCAAAAUUUCAAUUUAGAUAUCUUGAUGAUAGGUGAAGGUGCAAAUUCUAAAUUUUAUGUUACCACAAAUCCACAAUCUAUUCAACAUGUUCUUUAUGUAUUCUAUUCUCUUUACUCUGCACAUUUACAGGUAAACCUACAAGCUCAAGUUUUAAACACAAAUAUAUAUAUAUAUAUAUAUAUAUAUAUAUAUAUAUAUAUAUAUUUAAACCUCUAAAGAGGGCGAUUACUCAAAUUUGCUUUCAAAUCACAUCUUUAUCAAUUUAUAUUUGUAUCACCUGUUUAUACAUAUUCAUCCACUUGUUUGGCACAAUUGAAGGGGGUGCAUGCACCCCCUUGGCUUUGGGCAUGGUUGAUAAUGAGAAAUCUUACCAUCUCAACUAGGAGUUUUUCAUUUAUAAUACAUACAUAUUUAAUUAUAUCAAUGUUAAUUAUCUGUCCUAAUAUCAAAACACAAAACUCUAAUCGUCGAUCCCAACAAUCCCCAGUUACAAUUUUGUUCUUCCUCCACCCAACAGUAGCAGAGGCGCUGCGAGUUGCACACUGAGCUCGCCAAACCUCCAAGCUUUCCAUCCUCCAGCCUCCAAGCUCUCAUUCUCCAGCUCCAAGCUCGCCGAACCUCCACCCACCACCCAUAUUUCCGGCUCCUACCCAACAAAUCCAAACUAUCUCCAGGCUCCAGACUUUCGUUCUCCGUCCUUCACCUUCAAAAACCCUUCUCUUUUCAAUCGUGAGCAGGGCUGGGAACAACAAGCCAGCAACACAAAAAUUACUUUGUUUGACAUCAUCAAUAUUUAACAACAAGGUAAAAUCUAAGUUUAAAUUUCAAUUAGGCAAAAUACAGUUGUAUAUUCAUAACUAUCAGGUUCGUGACAAAUAUAUCCACAACUAUCGAAAUACACGAAAUAUCCAUUUCCGUCCAUUCCGUUAGUUAACUUGAUGACUGGACAGACGGUGGAUGCUUAAUUGGCGUGUUUCUGACCCCACUAUAUGACGUGGAUUAAAAGAGAAAAAAAAUUUAGGCAAAAUACAGUUGUAUAUCCACAACUAUCAGGUUUGUGACAAUAUAUCCACAACUAUCGAAAUACACGAAAUAUCCAAAAAUCGGAAGGUUGUGUGACAAAUCUAUCCACUUUCGUAUGAAACUAUAACGGCGUGUCAGACGACGUUAAAUUGACUAACGGAAUGAUGAAUCGAUGCCAUAUCACAUUCCACAUAAGCCAAAAAGCAACCAAACUUUACACCGUUAUCUGUUAGACCCCGCUGCUGCAGCCUUCUCUGUUGGCGAUUUGGUUAGAUUCAAGCUUUUUUUGUUUGAGAUUCAAGCUUGGUAUCACCAUGGCGCCAACUGCAUGGAAGCCGUCGGAGUAAAAGGGAGGCAAUGGUUGGGGAUUGUGGUUGGAAUCGAAGCCUUUGGAAUAUUUGGCUAUCCAGGAAUGCUUUCAUCUUUGACAGUAAGGCCCCUUCCCCGGCCUCUUUGGUAAUUAAGUCGGCCCGUGACAUCCUUGAAUGGGAAGAAGCUCGAGUCUCGACACCUUCUUUGAUUCCUUACCGGCCAACUCAGUUACCUUCUCAGUCUAGGGGUUCACGUUUCAACACUGAACCACCGCCCUGUACCUGAGUGAUGUUCUGUGAUGGGUCGUUCAUCUCAUACUCGAGUCCGGCGGCAUAUGGGAUUACUAUUGCUAACUCUCAGGGUCACGUGUACGACGGCAAGACUGAGACCUUCCUUUGUUCUCAACCGAUUCAGGCGGAAGCUUUUGGUCUUCUCAAUGCUAUUAGGGUUGCUUCUCAGGAUAACAUCCCAACCUGUAUUCGUACAGAUUGUCAGGUGCUUUCCCUUGCGCUGCAUCAGGAACCCUCGGCAUGGCCUUGGAUGUGUCGGGCUACCAUUGCGCAGAUGGUUCUCCUUCUCAGGCUUGCACCAUCGAUUCAUGUUGAGUUUUUUCCUCGACGUUUGAAUCGAUUAGCGAAUUGGGUGGCACGACAUGCUAGGGCGGGAUCGUUACCAGUGGAUUGUGUUUUAAUUGUCAAUAUUAUUGCUCCACUCCUGUAAUGUGACCACGGUUUUCUCGGUUUCUGAUAGAAUAAAAGGUUGCUUAUUGUCAAAAAAAUCUCUUUCAAACUUAUCUUUGACUCUCAGAAUAUAAGAGUCUAACCUGAUCAAUUAAUCUGUUGAUCUUAUAUCACAUUCCGGCUUCCGUAGUCGUCAGUUGCAUGAUUCUUAUCACUAAGUUAUCCGUAAUGCAAAUGUGUUUUUGUUGUAUGAUCAAUAAAAGAAAGAAGAGUUAAUAAUGAAACCCCUCAAAUGUGACAUAGGAAAGUUUUCUGCAACCAUUAGGAGCUAGCCAGCCAACGAAACACUUGUACCAUCAUCACAGAAAGAGAUCGACGACUCCAGAGAGGAGGGCAGAAAUUAGUCAAAUUACCCCUGAAGCUGAUAGGCUUGAAGCGGUGGCCCUUCCCAAGUCCAAGCUCUCCGGCGGUUCCCGGCAGUUGACUGCACAAAUUGCGAGGUUUAGGAGUUAUCUGGCGUCUUCUCGGACGCCAUAAAUUCACCAGCUGCCGCUUCCCAGUCGUUUUCCGGUCAUGUCAGGGGACAGAGCAAGCAAAACACAAGUUAAGAGCUGGAGAUAGUUGACUUGGCCUGAUAUUUUUGAGGCGUUGAAGAUUAAGAAGAAGCACAUACACUGCCCCACCGUUUCAUCAUUUUUUUUUCCCCGGAGAAAACCCUUCCAUCAUUCUUAAGGGACAAUUGAAAAUAUCCAAUUUGCCAUAUACUAAUCGGCUUCACAUUUUCUCAACUCUCCCCCACUUGGAGCUGCAGCAGGGUAUAUAACUAUUCUGGGCAAAACAGAUCCUUCCCAUCAAAUCCUUCUUUCAAGCAAAAGAAGAACGAAAAGGAACCCACCUACCUAGCCUGAAAACUUGAAUCCGAUGGCAUACACGGCGGCGCGUCCACUUCUCUUCCUGGCUUCCGCCGUGAUUCUCGCCUCUUUCCUGGCCACCGCCGCUCACGCCUCCGGUCUCUUCUCCACCCUCCCCAAAACCCUCGUCGUCACUGCUUCCCCAACCCCAGGUCAAGUUGUGAAGGGGGGAGAGGACAAAAUCAAGAUCACGUGGGGAUUGAACAAGAGCCUGCCCGCUGGCACCGACGACAAGUACAAGACCGUCAAGGUGAAGCUGUGCUACGCGCCGGUGAGCCAGAAGGACCGGCCCUGGAGGAAGACCGUGGACCAUCUCAACAAGGACAAGACCUGCCAGUUCAAAAUCGUGGCCAGGCCUUACGCCGGAAACGACAGCAUCGACUGGACGGUGGAGAAGGACGCCCCGACCGGCACGUACUUCGUACGCGUCUACGCUUUCGACGCCAUGGACGGAGAACUCGGGUACGGGGAGACCACGGAUGCGAAGAAGACCACUAAUCUGUUCCAGGUGGAAGCGAUCAGCGGCCGCCACGCCACCCUCGACAUCGUCUCCAUAUGUUUCAGCGUCUUCUCGGUUGUUUCGCUAUUUGGCUUCUUCUUUAACGAGAAGAGGAAGGGGAAGGCCGAAUCCAAGUGAGGUGAAGGCAAAUCAACCAAAAUCUCCAUAUGUUCGCCUGAUUUUCCUUUUUUGUUGAAUUUUCCUCUUUUCUUCUCUUUCUUUUGGUUGUUGGAGAGAGUGGCACAUGGGAAGGAGGGUGUGGUGUGGAAGUUGGAACUUGAAAGGAUGAAUGCCAACUUAAUACUUAAUAUAUUUGACUUAGUUCGGUCGACAAAAAGGAAUUUGGAUACGUUCUCUCUUUCUAAAGACGAUAUAGGAAAAUUCACUUUCAAUAACAAGAUUAUUUUAUGUCUAAUAGUUUUUUUCAUGACUGAAGGCACUAGUUACAAAUAUAAAGUCGUGACAAGCAUGUCCACGAUUGAAGAUCAAUUAUCACGGGAAAUCUCGUGACUAGAAAGAUACAAUAACAAAAAAAAAAUUCAAUGACAAAUAAUCUAUUUUGUCAUGGUAAUUCUUGUGACUAAGUAUUAAACACGAGACAAAUAUCAUGACUAAGAUAUAAAAUAACUGCAGGAAUUUUCUGUGACUAAUAUAGUUAUUUGUCAAGGGAUUAUGUCUAAAGGUCACAUGAAUGUAGGAGACAUGACCAAGUAAGGGCAACUGGUUUUUGUCUCAAUGGUCACGGGGGAACCAAUGAUUGUUAGUUCUUACUAAUCCUGGCAAACUCGAGUGAUAGAUUAUUGCUACUAUGAUUGUUAUUAAACAUUUAGUCACGGAAAAAGUCUUCAGACUAGUCACAAGAAAUAUUGGGAUUGAUAUUAGCUAAAAGUAAUCGAAAACUACGAUAGUUAUGAGAUGGAUUCUCGUUUGAAAUAAUUAAGAAGUAUGAGAAAUAUAUAUCAGCCACUCGUUAAUGUUAAUGUACAAUUAAGAAAUAUAUUUCUUGAAGCAUUUUAGUCACAUAGAACCAGUAUAAUUAAUCAUAUAACAAACUACCAAAACUAGUCUAAUUAAUCAUAUAACAAACUACCAAUGAUUGAACAAAAUAAGAUAGAGUAGCUUCUAUCUUCCUUCAAAACAAAAUUAUCAUUACACUCGACAACGUGUAAGGUUGAACAACUCAUAUCGUGCUUUAUCCUUCUUUCAACCGCCCUCUUUGUGUUGCACUUCUGAAUUAUAAAAGAGAAGCUAACAUAAUUAGAUUCGUUAUACAUCACUACAAUCAUGUCAAAACUAACAUUAGAUAUAACACAUUCAUGCAUAUACUUAUACAUUAGGGAGCACAACAAAAAUAAGUCUAUAGGCAAUAAAAAGCAUUAGCACUCUCUAACAACAACAAAACAAUUACUCAAUAAAAACCAUGAAACGAGUAUUCUGGAUAUGCUUUCAUAAGCAACACCUCUCUCCAGACAACAACAAAAACGGCAAUGCUAUAAAGGACAUGAAUUUUGUGUUACAAAAUUGCUUUCGUAAGGAAUAACACUAUAAACGACAACAAGAUAUAAUAAGCUCUAUAAAGGACAUGAAUUUAG